AUAGCGAAUGAUAGGGCGUAUUUCAAUUUGCGUGUCAUCCAUCAUUUCUUGGAAUCAAAUUCAUUUAAAUUAUACAAUUUUCAUUGUUCAAUUGUCUCCAAUAAGACAAACAACGUCUUGAGAUUUGAACCUACGCGCGCUGCGCUUUCUGUCCGUCAUUGCAGCUGCACAACAGAUCAGAACAGAUCCGCAUCGAGCCCAACCGACACCGAUCACAAAUCAUGUCCGACGACGAGAAGCUGCCCUCCGGAUGGGAGAAACGAAUGAGCCGGAGUUCAGGUAGAGUGUAUUACUUUAAUCACAUGACUAAUGCGAGUCAGUGGGAGAGGCCGAGCGGAUCAGAUACUGACGUCGGGGAGGUGGAGAAAGUUCGCUGCUCUCACCUGUUGGUCAAACACAACCAGUCACGCCGGCCGUCGUCCUGGAGAGAGGAGAACAUCACACGCAGCAAAGACGAGGCACUGCAGCUCAUUCACAAGUAUAUAGAGCAGAUCAAAUCUGGAGAAGAAGAGUUUGAGGGUUUGGCAUCUCAGUUCAGUGACUGCAGCUCAGCGCGCAAUGGAGGAGAUCUGGGCGUGUUUGGCAGAGGUCAAAUGCAGAAGCCGUUUGAAGACGUCUCGUUUGCACUGAAGGUUGGAGACAUGAGCGGCCCGGUGUUCACUGACUCUGGCGUUCACAUCAUCCUACGAACUGGAUAACCAAUCAGAAAACCCCUCCAUCAUGCUUUCAGUCAUUUACCUCCACAGAUAACACACACACACACACACACACACUGUUAUUUACCUCGUAAUAUAGUUGCCACUGUAAGGCUGGAUUGUCAAAACUGCACGUUAAAUCCCUCCAGUGUUUGUGUAAUCUUUCAUAUUAAAGUUCCCUUCUAAUACUUUUGUCAAAUGUUCCUUAAAGGAAUAGUUCACCCCCCAAAACAAAUCUGUCCGAAUUUUCAUUUAUUUGGUGAAUUGUUCCUUUAAUAGUGACUUGCAGACUGUGUCUAGUAUCCUGCAACAUUCCUUCAUCCAAUCACACUUCUGCUUCCUAUAAAGGACAGUGAAUGAUCAUGUCAGAUCUCCAAGAAAAAACAUGACCAAUAAAAAUGACCGUA